AGAGCGAAUCUAACAUCAUGUGUAUAGCGGGGAAUGUUGACUAUGUCUGAAUCUUGAAAUGGGAGAUCUGUGGACGCGCUCGGGUCUCGCUUCAGUGGUUUAAAUAUAGAGGCCGUAUCUAGCAGAUAAACUACAUUUUGAUGGCAUACUUCUGACGCCCAAUGCGUUGCAUUUGUUACUUAAGUUUAUAGAUAUGUGUGAUACUUUGAUGACUCUGUGAGACACUCUACUAAAGGUCCUGGUUUUCCUGGCUGAUUCAGGCAACCCAUUCCAUGAUUUCUCGGCACAAGAGAAACAAAGGAACACUUUUAAGUAUUUGUCCUAGCAGAUGAAAUAAGAAAUAUAGGGCUGGCAAGAAGUGUCGCCUGGCAUGGAGACCAACGACAAUAACGAGGACUACGAUGAAGCGACCAUGGCCAUGCUGUGUGCUAAUUUACCCAGCAAUGUGUUCAACUCGAGCACACCGGACCCGCGGCUUCAGAGGGCGUGGCAAGAAACGGAGAGAACGAAUCAGGUCACGCCAAUCCUGAAGGAAGAGCUUCGUUUUUACAUCCUGGCCAAACGGCUGAAGAAAGGGGAGCCGGAGAUUGACACGACCUCAGAUGUGCCUAAGAAUUAUGAGUUGACGGAAGAGGAGAUGAGGAAGAAAGAGAGAAGGAAAGAGCAGAAUCGUAAGGCAGCCAAAAAGUGCAGGGAAAAGAGAAAGAUGAAGAGCCUGAGUGAGGCAGAGAUUACAGAUAAUAAAAGAAAGGAAAACCAGCGUCUAAGAGACGAAGUGCUCAGGCUGAACUUCAUCGUGUCUCAACUGCAGAGAUAUUUGGACGAGCACCUUCGAAGCGAUCAGUGUCUUAAAGUGAAGCCAAACUUUGAACCCAUGACGCAUGGCGCCGAGCCUGAAGCUUUAAGACACUUGCCUCUCACGUCCUUCGAGACGCCCCCGAAGGAAAUCAGGAAACGCCCUUACCCGUUCACCAGAGAGAAAAGCUCGGAAUAUUUGUCAGGGGUCCAGAACAGAGUCGCCGAGUUCGCGGGACCUUCUGGAAGCUUUCCUGAAGGCGUUGGGUGCUUUCCGGAUGGAUCCAUAUUGCCAGAGCAUUACACUCAGCAGUUUAUCUCGCCUGAGUUAGAUACACAAGGUGACAUGUCAGGUUCACAAGGCAACGGCUCUGAGAUGCCAGCGUCACCCCGUUAUUUCCCCUACUUGUUGCCUAGAACAUCUGCCUUCCAGGGAUUCAGCCAGUGCAGUGAGAUGGCCGCUGACCAAUCCAGCGUGAGUGACGAUGUCCUGGCGGUCUUCAUGACCUACAAGCCCUUGAAUGACACUAUGUCCGACGCUGCAUCGCAAAGCACCAUCAACGAGAGACUGGAGACGGACGAAUCCGUGGAGGCAGGGAAUGACUUUCUGGAGAACUACAACUUCUUGAGUGAAACAGAGCAGGAAACCAGCUUCAGUGAAUACCCCAUGGAAGAUUCUGAUCAGUUCCUCCAAGCCUGUCCCCCAUCACCGCUGACCCCUCUUUCCCCAGUGUCACCCUCCUUUCCCCCGCCCACGUCAUUGCCAAGCACGCCAUCCCAGACGAUGACAUACAUUCUGGGCAACGAGGGGCUUAUCUCCCCAUGCGGUUCGAAGGAGAACCCAGCCAGACCUCCAAUCAGGCGCACUUCCUCCUGCGUGUCAGUCCCCUCCCCUUACGGCGGGCUCCAGUCGACAUCCUCUAUCAGCCCUCCCCCGAGCGUGCCAUCCCCUGCCAGUCACGGUCUGCCGGAGUCUCCGCCCAUUCUACAAGGCUUCGCUCCAUUGGACGAGGCCAGGUAUUUUACACAGUACUCUCCAACCAGCUCCGUUGCUGCAGAGGCCGACACGUUUCAAUUGGCAGAUCACUUCCAGGAGCAGCAUGUCAGCAGUAGCGUUUUAUUUUGACUGUAGUCGAAAUUCUGUCUAUAAACAUUUAGGGUGCAAACAGAAUUAUAGUGACCCACUUUUUAAUUAAGCUGUGACAUAACUUUUUAUUUAGUUUGUCAACCUUCUGGUCCUUACCUCCCUUUCUAAACUCUAGCCGCAGUGUUCUUAUGACUGAAAACCAUAACAAAAAAAAAAACAACUAUAUAUAUUAGUCUCUAAGAAUGCUACACUGUUGUUUGUAACUACAGUUACACUUAACAGAAGAAGUACCUCCCAAUUUAUCAUCAGUGUUUUGUCCCUUGAAAAGUCAAUACACCGCCACCUGACAGCUAUGAACCUAAGUACCUAGCCACUUACAACGCUUUCUAAUUGUUCAGUGUUAUGCUAAGAUUUUAAUCAAAUUGUCCAAUGAUUCUGUUUUCCCUCUUGCCUUCUCCCUAGCUGCUCAGAAUGUUCUAGCUGAUUCUAGCUGUAUUAAAAACGGUGUAGCUCUAUAGCAUGGGUUCUCAACCUGUGGGUCGCGACCCCUCUGAGGGUCGAUUGAAAAUUAGCCAGGGGCCGCGGCAGAGUGGGGGAUUGUAUAAAGGGGUCGCCGAGCAUAAAAGGUUGAGAACCGCUGAAUAGCAUUAAAAGAGCUGAACGAAUCUCGAAUACAAAUGUUCUUUAAAAUAACAUGCCCCUGAAGAUUUCAUCUUCGCGGCCCAAUUAGCUCAGUCUUAAAGAAGUCUAUAACUGCGUUAGCUGUAGUUAUGAGUCUGUUAUAGGUGGUUUAAAAGACUUAAUCAUAAACUAAACAUUGAAGUGCCAGAGCAACACACCGUUUUGAGUGAUCGAAUUUCCAGUCAUUUCAACGUCAAACCGAUUACUGCUUUCCUCCAAAGCCACUGAUCUCAGCGGUUUGGACCCACAACUAUAUAUACCGUAUAUAUAUAUAUAUAUAUAUAUGGUUCUGCAGAAAGAAAUAUAGAAUCUAGAUUUAUAUGUAAAUAUGUUCUUGACAGUAUGUUAUGUUUGUUACAGUUUUUUUAAUGUAGAUGACAAGAAUUUCUUUACGAAUGUAUAUUCAUUGCUUGUUCAUGUUAUUGGCCUACAUAAACCCUUGUUUAUAAUCUGAACAUUCAUGAAAAAUGAGAUGUUUUUUUUUGUUUUGUUUACUCUUACCAUGACAUUGUGUGGCCAAGUCACGACCUGCUUGGUUCCAAGUUGGGAUACAAGCUAAGUUGUAGGUGUGUUCUAGAAUUACUCUUAGUUAAUCUGAAAACGUGUACACAUUUACACUUUGUUUCUAUGAAUCAAUCCAGUUGUAGGCCUAUGUUGUAUGUGUAAAUAAUGUACAAUAAUGUGUGUACAUAUACUUCAACCACUUGUUGGUUCUGUGUAUAGACACUUGUACUGAACUCAUGUGUACACUCUGACUUGUAUGUAUUUUAUCAGUCGUUCAGAUACCUGAGAUACUAACAGAGUUAUUUCAUUCCUUUGUUUAUUUUCUGAAUCCUCCAUUAACCCUUCCCCACCAUUCCAUUCUGAAUUUUUUUUCCUUCUAGUAUGUUCGUUUUUUGUUUUGUUUUUUUUGUUUUUUUGGGGGGGCAGUCUGUCUAGCAAUGACAAUAAUUACAGCAGUAACUAUAUUCGACCCUGACACUAACUCAAGGAAAGGUUUACGAGGUUUAUGUCCACCAUGCAUCUAAGAACUCUAUUUUUUGGUCACUUAGUCAUUCCUGGACCUUUUUUUGCACCUAACACUAAGCGUUAUAAAAUGAUCACCAAUGGAUACAAUAAACAGAUUUGACCUAGCAAGUCACGCACAAAGCUGUCCCUAUUUCAUUUAGUGACCAACUUCGAGCGAAAUCAUUUGGAGGCUUGUAGAGUGAAGUCAACCCCCCCCCAAACACACACACACACACACAUACAUACUCUCUACAAAAAUUCAUGUUUCUCAUUGACAUAUUAUUAAUACUAGUGUUCGCAUACUGGUAUCAUCAACACCCCCUCCAUCACUGACCUAUAUGGUCUCACCUUGCCAUAUGUUUCUAUAUGUAUAUGUAUAAUUGGGUUCAUUAUGACCUUUGUUUUCCUUGCAUCGUACAGUGACUGACCAUGUAACUAGUUUUCAUAUUAUACAUUGAUAUAACCGUAAACAAUGGCAUAUGUAUUUUAACCUUUUGUUCUUGACUAUGUUACAUUAUACAUGUAUGUUAUAGGCCUAGUUUUAUUCUAAGUAUUUUUUUUAAAUAGCAGUUUUGUUAUAAAUGAAGCUGGCAUGUCAGACUUAACACGUGAGCAUGGUCAGGGCCGGCCUUAGGCAUCGGCAAACUAGGCAGCAGUCUAGGGCCUCCGCUUAUCUAAGGCCGGCCCUGUAAUGGUCAACUAUCAAAGUUUACACUUCAUCAUUAAACUCCACACAGUGCAAAGUGCUGAUAGCUUGAGGACAAACGCGACAUUUUCAGCAGAGAAGUUUCUUUUUUUUUCACACUUGACCUAUUAUUUUAAAAAUUAAAGCUUUGUUCUAGACCUAGAUGUGUAGACCUAAAUCUGGACUCUGUACUAGUGUUUAAAAUGACUAACCUCUUAAAAAAAGUUAUCCUUUAAAAUUUGUAAUGUUUGAUUCACGCCACACAACGGGCUUGUAAGAGCAGCUUGGUGGAUUACUUUUCUAUAAGAUUAUGACUAAAAUCUAGAUCGAACAAUGAAAUGCGUGUUCAGAUGUGAGUCACAUUAUUUCACGAUUACCCCGGAAGUGAUACAUAAAAAUAGAAUGAAUGCAAAGAACUUGUAGCUAUUUGUUUUGAAAUAUGGAUGGGGAACUUAAGAAUAGUGUUUUAUUCUUAAAACUGUAAAAACUGAAGAUCUGAUCACAAGUAUUUGUUUUUUUAUUAGCUGAAUAGCUGAAAUCGCCAAACACCAUUAUGUUCUCCGCAGUGAUAUAAGUAAAUAAAACAACAGUCUCAUUGACUAGUCUAUGUCUGUUUACAUAUAGUAGCCAACCUGACUUUGUCAUUAGCACAUUGGCCUUGAGGAACAGGUAACGUCGUGGUUCUUAGUCUGAUAAAGUUAGUACCCCCUUUUGGCCACGUAAUUGUGCUAUAAAUUGUAACCUAUUCUGUGACCCGCUUAAGCGGCCCAAGUAACUAAUUGACUGGGAAAAUGGGGACGACCUACCAUUCCGUUUGAUAACUAGCUACCACUAAUGGAAGGUUUGCAAUUUUGGUUAGUUAGAAUUCUCUGGCCAGUGGCAGAGUUUGUAAAACUAUAUCCAAACAAAAACUAUGGCGUUGUUCUUAGUAUGGGCUCGUAAACUUAGGCAUAGAAAGAUAGACUUCAACUCUAUAAACAUAUAUUGCAGUCGUGUCAUAGGAUUAACUAGCAACACGUGAACUGUCAUAAACUGGUCAUUGAGGAACCUGUCUGUCUAUAAUAACAUUUCAUUAGUAUUUGUCGUCUGCUUAUUUUAGGGUAAGAUAAUUUUGUUUUGAAAAAAAAAAAAAAAAAAACUAACACAGACCAUUUGCUUUUAUUCCCCUAGUCACUGGCCUGGUCUUCUCGUCUGCUUUCUACAGUAGCAGAAAACCGAAAUUACAACAAGAUCAUCCAUCCCCCCCCCCCUUUUUUUUUCUUUGUAUUUUUCAAUCUCAACUUUAUUUUCCUUUCUGCACAGUGCAGUACUUUAACAAAUUCGCUGGUGUAGCAGACUAUUGAAGGUAUGAUAAAUGGAGAAAGAUAACUCUUGACUAAAUGACCUCAGAAGUGGUAACAUAGUUCAUGCAUAUUUCAGAAUGUUUGUAUCAAAGAACUACAUUUGGAUCGGAAGCCAGUAUGUUGAAUGCAAUAUUAGAAUAAUGUUUCUGUUUACUGUUCGUUGAACUAUUGAUCUAUUAAGAUGAACAUCUUUGUUUAGUGCUAAUAAAAUUACACUAAUAAAAUAUGAAGAAAAAGCCA